GGAGCCGAGGCCCUGGAGCUCCCGCGCGGAGGGGGACUCGUGGGGGACGUAGGGCUGGAGCCUGACUCGCGUUGGAGCCGCGCACUAUGUAGCUGCUGUCAUGUGCCGGGUUCCGACCCGGGGGGAGGAAGCGAGCGAGCCCGAUUCCGCUCCCUUUUGUUUUGAAGCUCGCAUUUGCUGCAGCGAGCAGUUGGUCUGGUACCGGCGAACUUGCAGCUGUUGUGACCGCACUCCGUCGAGCCUGCCCAGGCCCCUGAGCUGGAGGGAUGGAAAACUCUUCCGCAGCAUCGGCCUCCUCUGAGGCGGGGAGCAGCCGCUCCCAGGAAAUAGAGGAGCUGGAGCGCUUCAUUGACAGCUAUGUACUGGAGUACCAGGUGCAGGGGCUGCUGGCUGAUAAGACGGAGGGCGACGGCGAGAGCCAGAGAACACAGUCCCACAUCUCCCAGUGGACAGCGGACUGCAGUGAGCAGCUGGACAGCAGCAGUUCCUUCUCCCGAGGGCGAGCCCCCCCACAGCAGAAUGGCAGCAAAGACAACUCUCUGGACAUGCUGGGCACAGACAUCUGGGCUGCCAACACCUUUGAUUCCUUCAGUGGUGCCACCUGGGACCUGCAGCCUGAAAAGCUAGACUUCACGCAGUUCCACCGCAAGCUCCGACAUGCGCCGAAGCAGCCCCUGCAACACAUUGACCGGGAAGGGUGUGGAAAAGGGAAGCUGGAAGAUGGAGAUGGCAUCAACCUGAAUGACAUUGAGAAGGUCCUUCCAGCCUGGCAGGGCUACCACCCGAUGCCCCAUGAGGUGGAGAUUGCGCACACCAAGAAGCUGUUCCGGAGGAGGAGAAACGACCGAAGACGGCAGCAGAGACCUCCAGGAGGAAACAAGCCCCAGCAGCACAGUGACCACCAGCCAGGCAGUGCCAAACACAACAGGGACCAUCAGAAGUCCUACCAAGGGGGCCCAGUGCCUCAUGCCUCAGGGAGGCCUACCCACCACGGCUACAGCCAGAACCGGCGCUGGCACCACAGCAAUAUGAAGCACCCACCAGGCGACAAAGGGGAGGCAGGUGCCCACCGCAAUGCCAAAGAGACCAUGACCAGCGAGAGCCCCAAACUUGACACCCUAGGGGACACUGGGCACAGUGGCCUUGAACCCCCUCGCAGCCCUGAUGCCCCAGUCCCACCAGCAUCCGAGAGGCUACCCACGCCAGUGCCAGGGGGACCAGAGGCUGAGACAAAGCGUAAAGACAGUAUUAUUCCCGAGCGCAUCGGGGAGCGGCCCAGAAUUACCCUGCUCCAGUCCUCCAAAGACAGGCUUCGCCGAAGGCUAAAAGAAAAGGUACCGGAUGAAGUGAUGGUGGAGACAACCAACCCUCAGCAGAACAAGAUGGACAAGUUGAUAGAGAUCUUGAACAGCAUGCGAAACAACAGCAGCGAUGUGGAUGCGAAGCUCACCACCUUCAUGGAGGAGGCCCAGAACUCUACCAACUCCGAAGAGAUGCUGGGCGAGAUCGUGCGGACCAUCUACCAGAAGGCCGUGUCAGACCGUAGCUUUGCCUUCACUGCUGCCAAGCUCUGUGACAAAAUGGCACUCUUCAUGGUGGAGGGGACCAAGUUCCGGAGCCUGCUGCUCAACAUGCUCCAGAAGGACUUCACGGUGCGCGAGGAGCUGCAGCAGCAGGACGUGGAACGCUGGCUGGGCUUCAUCACCUUCCUGUGUGAGGUGUUUGGCACCAUGCGUAGCAGCACCGGAGAGCCCUUCCGCGUACUGGUGUGCCCCAUCUACACUUGCCUCAGGGAGCUUCUGCAGUCUCAGGAUGUGAAGGAAGAUGCUGUCCUUUGCUGCUCUAUGGAGCUACAGAGCACAGGGCGACUGCUGGAAGAGCAGCUGCCCGAGAUGAUGACAGAGCUUCUAGCCAGUGCUCGAGAUAAGAUGCUGUGCCCCACAGAGUCCAUGCUGACCCGGUCUCUGCUCCUGGAGGUCAUCGAGCUCCAUGCCAACAGCUGGAACCCACUGACACCCCCCAUCACGCAGUACUACAACAGAACCAUCCAGAAACUGACAGCCUGACAGCCAGGGGGCCUGGCGGGCGGCCCAUGGGCAGCUGAGGCCCUGGUGCACAGGGCCAGAUGGACAGGCGGGAGGACAGGGGUGGCCCUGGUGGGAGAAAGAAAUGGGGAGGAAGGCAAGCAGAGUCGGUGGCCAGUCUGGAGCCAGCCAGGAAAGUGAUCAAAUCCCUCAGAAGAGCCCCCCUAGGCAUAAACACCCCCACCUGAGCCUGAGCAUGCGGCAGCUCCUACCAACAAGGGAAGCAUGUUUCUUUUCCAUGGUGGCCCUGGCCCUAGACCUCCCUCACUCCCACCCCUCUCCACCCCCUGCCAUCCAACUCCUCCACCUCAAGCAGAGAUCUCAUCUCUGCUGCUCCUCAGAGGCCCCUGCCCCCCUGCAGCCCUGAACACCAGCCUCCCACACCGGGGCACUGCUUGGGUCAGAAAAGACCUCAGAAGGCUGAAAAAGUGGGUCGAGACGGGCUCCCAUUGUUUCCUUCGUGCUGUCAGCCGCAGUCGCCAACUGGCAGCAGGCGACAUGUAGCAGAUGUCCGGGAGGACAAAGGCAGGCACGGUCCCCACCAGCCGCCAGUAAUUGACGGCCUUUGUCAGCCACAGUGGAGCUAGGGAGAGGCGCUUUGCUCUGCUCUUCACACCCCACCCUCCCAAGCUCAGUUCCUCCAGCCUUGCCCCCCCACACCCCGCCCAGGCCUAGGAGGCUGGCAGCCGGGAGGGGAGCUGGAGCUUGCAGCUCAGUUUGCACCCUUUUCUUUUGUUGUGUUUUAUUUUUCAAAAGUCGGUUGCUUUGAAGUCUCUUCUCUCAAUGAAAAUACCCUCGAUGUGAUCACAUAGUCAGCCCUGCAAGGACGCCCUGAUUAAUGGAAGAUCAAACCUGGCCUCCUCUGGAAAGAUUCUAGCCAUAGACAGCUUGCCAGUAGCCAAUUAGGGUAAUUGGAAACUUCUGCCCCCGCGGGGGUCCCCUGCUGGAAUUCUGUGUUCCUCCCCCCUGGCCUGCAGCGACUCUGCUCUCCAGUUUCUGUCUCUCAAAGGAUCUGGUACUUCGGCUGCUGGACUGUAUUAGACCUGGUCCUGGCCAUGGGGGUCUUGUGGCAAACAGGGCCCAGAACAAGUUUGGUAAACUAAAACCAAAGUGAAAGUCUUGUCCCAAGCUCCUAGUGGGGAGAAGGAUUCGGUGGGAGCUGCCUGGCUCCCCGGGAUUUGUCUAAGUUAUUGGGCUGUGUCAUUGCCUGAGCCUUAUCCUAGACAGGAUCCAGAAGCCUGCCCCUUCCAGCUAUUGGGAAAGGGAGAAAUCAUUGAGUCAUAAGAAAGACAGUCAGGUGGGCCCCCUGAUGGAGCUUUCCAGGCUGGAAACAAGGCUGGGGAUUCUUGGAAGGCCCUGUCUUGGGGAGCAGCCUCUUCUAUGAGGGCUAGAGAGGAAGGUGGGGUCAAGCUCUGGGAUGCUAGCAUCAGGAUCAUGACCAGUGUCCACACAGUCCAUGUCUGAAGUGUGGAGCCCAUGCUUUGAUGAGCCCCCAUGAAAUGCCAUCAGAACCCAGCAGCUUCCUGAUUUGCUCCUUUAUUGAGGUUGGUCAUACCCUAGGUCACAUUGGAAACCUUUUAUGGCCUCCUGAUCCAAAUCAGACUGGCUGGGAGGUAAAGGGUGGGUAAGGUUUCUGCUGAUUGUUUCUGGGUCUAGGAAGAAGUUCUCCAUUCAAGCCUGAUUUGCCCCCACUGAAACUGGCCUUCUAGUGCUAGGAUGGGGGCCUGUGCCAGUCCCCCCCAAAAAGCCUACUUGGGAUGAGGUAUGGGGCCACAGUUUCCCUUUAAAUAGGUCAGUGGCCUCUGCCAAGAAGCCCACACUGGCCCCUGGCUCCUGCCUUCCUCCCCUGCUCCUCCUUCCCAGGCUUUCUCAAGAUGCUCCUUAGCUACUCGCCUGCACCAGCCCUUAGCCCCAGCCUGGAGCCCAGGGACACCAGAAACCCCACAGGAGGCCUUGAAGGAAGAGUGGGGCUGAUAUCAGGAUGCUCAGAGAGGGCACUAGGGAAAUCAUGCUCUCAUGGAGUCAGGCAGCCCUGGCCAGGCAGCUGCUCCCGUCAGCCUCAGAGGGCCACACCUAUGCUUAUAAGGGCCCCCUUCCUUCAGGGGUGUGUGUGUGUGUGUGUGUGUGUGUGUGUGUGUGUGUAAGCAUUUUGUGUGCAUCAGCAAAGAACAAAGCAGGGUUCCCAGAAGACAGAGGUCUGAAAGUUGGGUCUCCUAGACCUCUUGGGCUCGCAGGCAAGCUCCAUGAAGGGGACUCUCAAAGGUUGUGUGGAGGGGCUAGUGUCUUGUGUGGAGGGGCUAGUGUCCCGUGUGGAAGCAAGAGGCAAUUGACACUGUGGGCACUGAGGGUCAGAUGUGCCUCCCUCCUGAUGGCCUGUUUGUUGGGGGUCUUGCCUCAGGGCCAGCCCCUGUUUGGCCAUAAAGACUAGUGUGAAGACAUGAGAUAUAAAUAUGUAUUAUAUAUAAAUAUAUUUUUAAUUAUGUGUUGUGUCACGGUGGCUCCAGACGUACAGUUUGCCUAAUUUGUUCCAUUGCUUGAAAGCACUUCCUGGCCCAUCUGAAUAACACUUUUGGCUGUUUUUCUAAAUGCAGGUUGCUGCUACUUUUUCAGACAAGGAAGGAAAACAUUUUUUUUUUUUUUUUUUUUAAAGAAACACAGCAAAGCCUAAAAUUUAAGAGUCUAGGGCAACUUCCCAUGGGAGACAUCUCAGACAGGAACCAGGGGGCAGAAGUAGGCGCCCCGAAGACCCCUGCCCCUUCCCUGUGCCAGAGCCCCCUCUGCUGCAAAAGAAAGACCAGCUGGAUGUUGUGUCCCACUUGGUGGCAGGCCUUGGAGCAUGGAAGAGGCAGCCUGCAGGCAUCUCACGUCGGUCCUCGGCCCCUUCCUGUCAGGAUGAGUUAGUUUUCCUCUCCAGCAGCCCCCUUGCCAUAGUCCUGCUCCCCACGGCCUGGUGGCUUUGCCUGAGCUCUGGUGCCCCAGUCCCAGAAGGGCUCCCAGGCUCCCCCGGAUGAGGUUGGGAGCUCCAUCGUCCUCCAUGGGGACCGUGCACCCCAGAACCCAGCUUUGUCUGUUUGUCUUUCCUUAACCAGUCUGUAAACCUUUAUAGUUUGGGGAGCGUCCUGUCCAUCUGUGUAAAUGUAAAUGUUGACCUAGUCGGUAUUUAUUCUAAUUUUUAUGUUAUUUUAUUUUCUCUGAGGGGGUGGGAUUGGGAUUGUGGGAACUGUACCACUGGUCACAGCCUGGGCAGCUUCAGAGGCUGGGCCCCAGAUGGCUGCUAAGAGGAGAAGCCCCUCUGGGGCCACACCAGACAGCCACCUCCGGGAAGCCCAGUCCCAGGCCAUUAUCUGGCAUCAGAGGCUGGCCAGUAUUCCUUGUCUCACAGUAGCUUGGACCUGCUGUGGCAUGGUGUCCCUCAGCUGUCCAGGCAGUCACUCAGUUGGGAAACCUCUGGCUAGGCCCUGAGGAUGUGGGUCAGGGAAAAGAUGACUCCCCUCUGCUCAGGAUGCUUGCAUGGAAGGGCUGGCCACCUUGCCCGAGCCAGCUGGGAGCUGGACGGCAGGACCUACCUCCCUGGAGCAGGGGUCUGGGGCUUCCCACCAAAGCUGCAACAGAAUCCUGCUCACGCCGACACCUUCCCUCCAUUGGUAUGUCCUGCUUUCCAGCUGAACCCAAACUACAAGUGGAUUUAAAAAAUAAACAAUACCAAAAACCAAAAA